ACAGCCAGUGUCCUUGGUAAUUAUACAGCCACACCUUGUUCUCGGGAACCACCUCGAUACAGAGCCGCGGUGUACAAGAUCCACCCCCAGAGGUCCACCCCCCUUUUGUUUGCAGGCUUUUUACCACCCCAUAUCCAUGAUUAAUUUUCCAUGUCUUCAACCUGCACACUGGGAAUAGGAAUGGCAUCUUCAGAAGCUCACAAAAGAAAGACAAAAUUUAGCAAAAGUGGUGAGAACAGAGAAGAUGAAGGGAAGAGGGAAAAACCUGAACCUGGGGUGUUGAAAGGACUGAUGCCUUGUGUGCUUGGAGUAGCUGGUACCUCACUACUGUUUUGGGCCCUCUUUUUCUUUAUCCUGCCUCCAGAAAUAUUCACUGGCAAAUUGGUGUGCACUAAACUCGAGGACCCAGCCAGUUUUGCAGGUGACUUGAGCACAAUUGCUGACUGGCAGUCAUUUGCACUAGAGCUGGGAGUAUCUGAUGAUGAGGUUAACGGAGAAAACAGGAUAGAACAUAUCCUGAGACUGUGGUCCAAGAGAGCUGGUGUCCCGUGUUUAGAAAAGCUGGUGAGGACACUGAAGAAAGUUGGAGAGGAACCAUUAAUCCUAAAGAUCACCACUAACUUUGGCAGUAACUAUAAGGACGAAUCCUGAUCUAGACUAUAAUAAUUAUUUAUAACUAUAGCCUACUGUAGUGUAUCUAUUUAUUCUUCAAGACUUGUACUUGAUAGCUAACAUUACAGUGAUGACAUUAUCUAGCUGUGAGUAUUCACGAAUAUAUAUUAUUUUACACUGUUAUUCCCAACAAUUUUUUGGAAUCAGAAUG